AUGAUCGCGAUAGAGCCGGAGCAGCCCCGGCCGGAGGCGCCGAGGGAGCCGUCGACGUCGAAGGCGCUGACGAGGUCGAGCGCCGUCAGCCAGAGGUCGGUGGACGCGGUGGUGCCCCCGGGCGGCGCGAACGACCCGCUGCACCGGUCGAAGCUGGCGCCGACGCGCUCCUCGUCGGAGACGUCGGCAGGGAAGAAGAUGCCGAACCUGCGAAAGACGAAGAACUCGUCGAUCGAGUCGACGAUGAGCCUGCCGAACCAGAAGUCACUGGAGAAGAAGCACGGCGGGCUGCGCCACCAGAAGGCGAUCGCGGCGCACUCGGACGUGACGCUGAGCUCGCAGCCCUCCGUGUCGGACGACCGCAAGGCGCUGCGCGAGGCGCUGUACCAGGGCAUCUUCCACCGCCACCGCCGGACGAUAUUCGCGGUGGGCUCCUUCCUGCGGAUGUUGCGGACUAAGACGUCCAACUACGACUCCAUACGGUCCGACUCGGAUGAGAUUUAGCGGUCCUGAGUAGUGAUAUCGUUAUAGACUGUGAUGUGCUUUUAUUGUUACGAUGUUAUCGAUACGCGAGUGUUGUCGUACCUCGAUUCGUUGAAUUUAUUUAGACUAUAGUGGAACAGGUCGAGUCCUAUAUUAUGUAGUGGUGUUAUUGUUGUAAUUUACUGGGGAACCGGGGAAGCGAAGUCAGCAGUACGCCGAGCUAACCACAGAGGUCCGACGAUCAACGCUUUUUGUAAGUGUGCCAAAAUUCUUGAAACAUGGUCCGUAAAAUUUUUGUCCUCUACCUUUUCAUUGUUAUUAAAGCAGCCGAAUUCAAAAGAGUUUGUGACUUAAGUCCAUAUUAUAAGUAAAUUUAGGAGCAACUCACUUGCAGGACAUUUUAUCAUACCCCAAAAAAUUAUACUUCUCGAGUGAUUGAUUAACUUAUCAUUUGAAUUAUGUUUACCAAAGUAAAUAAUUAUUUUCUAACCGUCUUUGUUCUGGCAUUUUUAAAAAAGCCUUCGAGUUAUAAGUAUUAAAUAACUGGUAAUUAAAUCUCCAUUACUGAAAUUCCUGUAACUGUAUGGAAAUUGUUUUGAAAGAUUUAUAAGCGUAAGCACAGACUGUAGCCGAACAAUUGGACGGACUAAAGUUGAUGCGACUGUUUUUCUUCACUUUUAACACGUAAAAUGCGAUCCCCAAUAUAAUAGUUGUGUCAAUAUUUUUGCAUCUAAUUUUGCAGCUUUUAUUUUGUUUACGCAAUUUAUAAUGACGUAAUAAAUGUCAAAACGGACGCCAGCAUCAGAUGUUUAUAAAUUAUAAUAUAUUAUGUUUGUGAAAAAAUAAUUGUGAGUCUA